AAAAUGAGGGACCGGCUGUCGGAGCUGCAGGAGUUAACCAGACACUAUGACCAGCAGUUCCCCGACGAGGAGGACGACCCGGACUCGCCGCCCGAGCACAUCGUGUUCGAGACCGACCACCUGCUGGAGUCCCUGUACCGAGACAUCCAGGAGCUGCGGGCGGAGACGCAGCAGCUGACGGCCGACGUGAAGCGCCUGGGCAAGCAGAACGCGCGCUUCCUCACGUCCGUGCGGCGGCUGAGCAGCAUCAAGCGGGACGCGGGCUCCAUCGCCAAGGACAUCAAGGCGCGGGGCGAGGGCAUCCACCGCAGGCUGCGGGCGCUGCAGGCGGCGGCCGCGGAGGCCGAGGCGCGGCGGGGACCCGGCUCGGCGCUGGCCCGCAUCACCCGCGCGCAGCACCGCGCGCUCACCCGCGCCUUCCAGCGGGCGCUGCAGCUGUACAACCAGGCCGAGGCCCGGCAGCGCCACUACUGCCAGGUGCGCAUCCAGCGGCAGCUGGAGAUCAUGGGCAAGGACGUGUCCCGCGAGCAGAUCGAGGACAUGUGCGAGCAGGGCCGCUGGGACGUGUUCUCGGGGAACCUGCUGGCCGACGUGCGGGGCGCCCGGGCCGCGCUCAGCGAGAUCGAGAGCCGCCACCGCGAGCUGCUGCGGCUGGAGGGCCGCCUGCGGGACGUGCACGAGCUGUUCCUGCAGAUGGCCGUGCUGCUGGAGGAGCAGGCCGACACCCUGGACGUGAUCCAGCUCAACGUGGAGCAGACCCAGGACUACACCGGCCAGGCCGCGGCGCAGGUGCGCAAGGCGGUGCAGUACAAGAAGGAGCAUCCCUGCCGGGCCGUGUGCUGCUGCUGCUGCCCCUGCCUCCGCUAGGCCGCCCGGCCGCCUUCCUCCCGGCCAAGGGCGCCCCUCAGGCUCUCUAGAGGCGCAGGGCACGGGGCGCCAGGCGCAGGGACCGGCCUGAGGAUCCCGGCUCGAGUCCCUGGCUCCCCACCUGCAGGGGGGUCGCUUCCCAGGCGGUGAAGCAGGUCUGCAGGUGUCUGUCUUUCUCUCCCCCUCUCUGUCUUCCCCUCCUCUCUCCAUUUCUCUCUGUCCUAUCCAACGACGACAUCAACAACUACAACAACAAGGAAAAACAAGAGCAACGAAAGGGAAAAUAAAUAGGGACCGGUGUGAGGAUCCCAGUUCGAGCCCCCGGCUCCCCACCUGCAGGGGAGUCGCUUCACAGGCGGUGAAGCAGGUCUGCAGGUGUCUGUCUUUCUCUCCCCCUCUCUGUCUUCCCCUCCUCUCUCCAUUUCUCUCGGUCCUAUCCAACAACAACAACAGCCAUCAUGACAACAAGGGCAACAAAAAUGGGGAUAAUGGCCUCUGGCAGCAGUGGCUUGGUAAUGGAGACGCUGAACCCCAGCAAUAACCCUGGAGGCGAAAAAAUAAAAAGUGGACUUCAAGGCCUAUGCAUUCCACUCGAGACGCUUUCCCUCUACAGGUGGGGAUCAGGGGCUUGAACCUGGCUCCUUUUGCACUGUGAGGUGUGCCCUUAACCAAAUGGGCCACCUCCUGGCCUUUCCAACCCUCUCCUUGGACAAGAUGGCUGGUGCUGCCUUCUAGUUUCUUCCACACCAGAUAGCUAAGCCCGUUGCAUGGAGGUCGAUGUGUAGCACUUGGGACUAGUGCCCUCCUGAGGAGGCCAAACAAAGCAAGGGCUGGCUUUGCAUGCUGCUGCAAUGUAUUCUGAAGGCCCAAGGCAUGCUUCCAAAUGCAGACUCUAGGGGAAAGCCUGAUCCGUCUCGGCUCAUAUGAUGAACUCAUUAUCAAAACUUCAGUUCUCCUAUCGUGAAAGUUCCUCUCCUAUGUUCAAUCUUGACAAAAGACUGCAGUAUUUUUCAUGUCUGAUUCUUUGUCUGGUUUGUGCUAUGUCAUUCAUAGAUAUUCUCUCUCCCUCCAUUACUUAUUACAUACACAGUUAGUAUUUACUGUUCCCUUAUCUGUCAUUUUUAAUGCCUCCUUACAGGCUAUACUCUGGAAUUUCACCUCAUAUUGUAAGCACUGAGUACUAAACAGGCACUCAAAUUGACGUAUGUAUUAUUCACGUUUUGUAUUUUUAUAGAUAAAGCUAACUUAAAAGUCAUCUUUUUACUUGAUGAUAUGAAUGCACCUGUACUUGUUUAUGCAGAUAUAAAAUGAAACUGAUAUUCACUAACACUGGUCCAUAAGGGCCAAUUGGUCUACUUUUCUGUAAAUAAGGGCUAAGAUAUCCAGGAAAACACUUGUGCUGGUUGUUGGUGUUGGUUUGUUUUGAAUUUUACCUUAUCCCCACCUGCAUAUCCACUGUCUGAUUUGGCUCAAAGCUUGAUUUUGAACAACUCUUUUAAUUAUGAUAACAAAGACAGGUGCCAAAAGCCAAACAUGUCUCCCGAGCUAUUUAUUAAACUAAGAACUGGAGAGUGGUAAGCAUGCUUUCAAUUACUGCUUUUGCAUUUGACUGUGGACCAUUCUCUCAUUCAUUGAAUGGAAUAAUUCAAAGUAAACUGAUCUGUUUCCAAGUUUGAUUAAUAAACAUUGCAUCAUCAAUG